UCUCUCUAUCCUUUCUAAAUAAAGCCAAGCCCUCCCCAACACUCUCUGCUUCAUUUCUUUUCUGUCUCUCUGCAACAAGCCAAAAAUGGCUCGAUUCCUCUUCUUCUUCUUCGCCAUUUUUGUUGCUCUCUUUCCCCUUGCUUUCUCUCGCAGCCUAUCGGAGACUGCAACUCACGCGCUCCUCGACGUCUCCGCUGCACUCCGUCAAGCCCAAGCCGUCCUUAGCUUCGACCCGGAAACUGUUAAGCCCUUGGGUCAACAAGGAGUACAACAAAUUCUUGCUAAUUCCUCUUCUUUCUCGCUCCAGCUUCACGCCCGGGACUCCCUCUACAAGACCUCGCAUAAGGACUACAAGAGCCUGGUUCUUUCCCGUCUUGAGCGCGAGUCGGCCCGAGUCGACGCGCUCACUACCAAGCUCCAGCUCGCGCUCAGCGGCGUCAAGAAGUCGGAUCUCCAGCCCGUGUUGACGGAGGUCCGACCCGAGGACCUCUCCACUCCGAUUGUGUCCGGGACGAGCCAGGGCAGCGGCGAGUACUUCUCGCGUGUCGGCGUGGGACAGCCCGCCAAGCUCUUCUACAUGGUGCUCGACACGGGCAGCGACAUCAACUGGCUCCAAUGCAAGCCCUGUGAGGACUGCUACGAGCAAUCCGACCCGAUCUUCGACCCGAGCGCGUCCUCCUCUUACAAGCCCCUCUCCUGCUCCUCUCAGCAAUGCACCUCUCUCCAUAAUGGCGCCUGUCGCGGCGGCCGCUGUCUCUACCAGGUCGCGUACGGCGACGGCUCCUACACGGUCGGCGAUUUGGCCACCGAUACGGUGUCGUUCGGGAGCUCCGGGGCGGUGAACAACGUCGCUUUGGGUUGCGGCCACAAUAACGAAGGUCUGUUCGUUGCCGCCGCCGGAUUACUCGGGCUCGGAGGGGGCCCACUCUCGCUUAACUCUCAGAUCAAAGCAUCGUCGUUUUCUUACUGCCUGGUCGACCGCGACUCGGGCAAGUCCUCGACGCUCGAGUUCAACUCGGCUCCACCCGGCGACUCGGUCACGACUGCUUUACUGAAAAACAGCAAAAUGGACACGUUCUAUUACAUCGGAAUCAAUGGAAUGAGCGUGGGAGGGAAGCCCCUCUCGUUCCCGUCCUCGCUGUUCGCAAUGGACGCGUCAGGAAACGGUGGGAUCAUUGUCGACUCUGGAACGGCCAUAACUCGUUUGCAGACUCAGGCUUACAACUCACUCCGCGACGCGUUCGCGAGUAUGACUCAGCACCUGCCGUCGGCGAGCAGCGUGGCUCUGUUCGACACGUGUUACGAUCUAUCUUCGCAGCAUGUGGUCAGAGUCCCCACGGUUUCGUUUCAGUUCUCCGAUGGGAAGUCCCUUUCGCUGCCGGCCAAGAAUUACUUGAUUCCGGUCGACUCGGCCGGAACCUUCUGCUUUGCCUUCGCUCCCACGACGUCGUCUUUGUCAAUUAUUGGGAAUGUGCAGCAACAGGGGACACGUGUCAGCUUUGAUUUGGCAAACUCGCGUGUGGGGUUCUCCUCCAAUAAAUGUUAGUAGGUGGGUGUAGGCACUGGGCAGUCAGGUUUGAUGAAAAAUAAAAAAAUUUAAAAAAAAAAAUUAAAAGAAAAUGGUAGGGUAAUUUACCUUUUUAUCCUUAAUAUAGGUUAAUUGUAAUGCGUGUAGGAAAAUGAAAUGUUCUACGGAAAGGCAGGUGACUCGCUUAAAAUCGGGCCCAUCUAAAUAAAGUCGAAUGAAGCUUUGGCUGGUGUGGCUCAUAAAUGUACUAUUGUGUGGUUCAGUUCAGUGGCAUGUAUAGAAAAUUAGCCAGAACUGUAGGGGCCAUUUGGCAAACCAGUGGCAGUGGGAUUGAUAAAUGAAUUGUGAUUUUUAUUUA